AUGAGAGCUUCUUCCAUGCUGAUUGCCCUCUUGGGUGCCGUGCCGGUUUUUUCAAUCGAUCUCCCAACUGGCUCGGAUGCUCCAUUCCACAAAAUCGUCAACGACAAAACCUGUAUCAUCGGCAACUCAGUCUGGGACGCCACAUUGUCAGGAAGUUAUGCCCGCCCAAUUUAUUAUAACGGCAAAGACAUAGUCGACGAUGCCACCGGCUUCUAUCUCUCCUACGUAAACAACAACGGAUUCCCUUGGCUCGCCCCAGAGAUUGUAGACGCUGGAAACGACUGGAUAGAUGUCCAGUUUACCAACGACAUUGCCCGCUUCCAUUGGGUCAUUCACCGUGGCUUCGCCGGCGCAUACCAGUACUGGAGCAACCAACGAGACUUUCACAGUGGGCAUACCUACCGUAAGGACGGCAAACUUCCCACCUGGGACCUCUAUUACUCCGGCACCGAAGUCCAGGACUCAACCGUUCAGUUCUCGGACGGGACAUACGUAAGCAAGUAUGACUGGGCAACCCAUAUAAACAUCCCCGAAGCAAAGCUCUGGGGCGUCUACGGCGACGACGUCGGGUGCUGGUUCAUCCAACCUUCCCAGGAAUACCUCAAUGGCGACCAACUAAAGCAGGAACUAACUGUCCACAUGGAAGCCCAGACUGGCGAUACUGCGCUGCUGAACAUGAUCGGCGGUGAACCAUGGCUCUGGUAUCUCAACGACGGAAGCCUGUCCGAUGCGGAGUCCAGAACUGAGAAGGAGAUUUCCGCGUGGCCGUACGCGUUUCCCAAUGCUGAUAUCUCUGCGGAGUAUCAGAGCCGUGCUGGGUCUGUCACCGGUCGAAUUAUCACCUCUGAUAGUCGCGCUGGUGACACACUCAGUGUGUUUCUAGGGGAUAACAAUGAUGAUGAAUUCACUCUCAACCAGUACGCAGGGUACCACUACCGCACCACCACCGACUCGAAGGGGUAUUUCACUUUCGACAACGUACGAACAGGUGAAUACGGGCUAUUCGCCUGGCCAGGCGAGGGAUCGUCUCUGGGUGAUAUCACUACCAACUUCACCCAUUUCGAUAUUGCGAUUACCAAGAAAGACAAAAUAGACCUUGGAACUUACACGUGGGAGGUCCAGAAUCGUACAAAGAUAUGGCAGAUUGGAACCCUCGAUCGUCUGCCCUGCGAGUUCGCUGGUGGUUGUGGUCCGUACGGCCAUGCCCUCACCGAUGAUGCACCUGCGGAUUUAACGUACACCAUCGGCAGCUCUAAGGCAGAAUACUGGCACUAUGUCCUUAGCAACAACGGGGCGUGGGCUAUCAACUUUAAACUGAAUAACGAACCGGUGGUGGGUGCCAGUGCUCGCCUCACUGUAUCCCUUGCGGCCUAUGCUGCUAGAUGCUAUAUGGAUAUCAUGGCUAAUGGUGUUGUGAUUGGGCAUAUCCGGAGCAUGGCAUCCGAUAGUGCCCUAUAUCGCUCUUCUACUGUGGCAGGGGUUUGGCGUUUUCUGGAGUAUACUAUUAAGCCGGGCACGCCCAAGAAAUGUUCCAACUCGAUCAAGUUUACCACUACGACUACUGAGAAGUGGAAGGGUGCUAUGUGGGAUACUAUUCUUCUUGAAUGGGAGUAG